GGCGGAUGCGGCGUCCAUGAGCCUGGCCAUCCACAGCACAACGGGUACUCGCUACGAGUUGUCGGUGUCCCCCGACGAGACGGUGGAGGGGCUGCGCAAGCGCCUGUCCCAGCGCCUCAAAGUGCCCAAGGAGCGCCUGGCGCUGCUCCACAAAGACACCCGGCUCAGUUCGGGGAAGCUGCAGGAGUUCGGCGUGGGGGAUGGCAGCAAGCUGACUCUCGUGCCCACCGUGGAGGCGGGCCUCAUGUCUCAGGCCUCAAGGCCAGAACAGUCUGUGAUGCAGGCCCUGGAGAGCUUAACAGAGACCCAGGUCAGUGACUUCUUGUCGGGCCGCUCACCGCUGACCCUGGCUCUUCGAGUGGGUGACCACAUGAUGUUCGUCCAGCUUCAACUUGCAGCCCAGCACGCCCCACUACAACACCGCCAUGUGCUAGCAGCUGCAGCUGCUGCCACCCGCGGGGACCCCAGCAUGACCACCUCUGUGUCCUCUCCCUGCCGGCCAGUGUCCAGUGCUGCCCGUGUCCCUCCAGUGCCCACCAGCCCUGCACCUGCAUCCCCCCCACCUGUCACAGCCGGCUCCUUUCGUUCCCACUCAGCCCCUACCACCUGUCCCGAGCAGAUGGACUGUUCCCCUGCUGCCAGUACCCGGGCCAGUCCCACAUCCACCUCUGGGGGCAGCCCCACCUCCCGUUCCCGAAAACCUGGUGCCAUUAUCGAGAGCUUCGUGAACCACGCCCCGGGGGUCUUCUCAGGGACCUUCUCUGGCACGCUGCACCCCAACUGCCAGGACAGCAGUGGGCGGCCACGGCGGGACAUCGGCACCAUCCUGCAGAUCCUUAAUGACCUCCUGAGUGCCACACGGCACUACCAGGGCAUGCCCCCAUCACUGACCCAACUGCGCUGCCAUGCCCAGUGUGCACCUGCCUCGUCUGCUGCAGACCUCACCCCCAAAACUACCUCCUGUGAGAAGCUGGUGGCCAUGGCCCCGGCCUCCCUGAGCCAGGCCCGCCUGGGCAAGCCCACGGGGGACCGGUUGCGGCAGACAGAGAACCGUGCCACCCGCUGCAAAGUGGAGCGCCUGCAGCUGCUGCUCCAGCAGAAACGGCUCCGCAGAAAGGCCCGGAGAGAUGCCCGCGGCCCCUACCACUGGCCACCCAGCCGCAAGGCUGGUCGCAGUGACAGCAGCCCCGGAGGCAGUGGUGGCGGCCCCAGUGAGGCUGCAGGCUUGGGCCUUGACUUCGAGGAAUCCGUCUGGAAGCCAGAAGUUAACCCUGACAUCAAAUCAGAGUUUGUGGUGGCCUAGGAACCUUGUCCCUUGCCCCUGCCCAGGGUGGCUGAGAAUAUCACCCAGCUCAGGAGAGCAGGCAGUGGGCACUGCUGGAGGCCCCUCCCUCCUCAGCUAGUGUCCUGGUUUUUAAAAAUUUCAUUUCUCACCAUGGUUUUCCAAACCCUACGUGGCCUUGGGUUCCUGCCUCCUCAGUUCAGCCUCCCUACCUCCCCACCUCUUCCUCUGUA